UACGCCAUUACUAGUCGUUGUUUUCGAUAUACCGGUUUUAGUAUUGGUACUACCAUGAUCGUUUUUUUUUAGAGUUAUUCGCUUGUCCACAGUGCGGGCGCUGGUACAAGUACAGCCACAACAUGCGGUACCAUUUGAAAAAGUGCGGGGAGAAACUGUUUCAUUGCAGGUUUUGCCCGAAAGAGUACACGUCAAAGUUUGCCUGCAAGAGGCACAUGCUCCAGGCUCAUCGGCACUCCGAUUAACCUCGAGGCGUUUGUAACAAUAAAUGAAUUUAUAAAUAAAUAAAUGAGUUUCCGUAGCACUCGUUGCCUGUCACCCGUGCGAUUAAUCGACGUUUAAUUUUUUAGUCGGUACUCACCGAUGCGUGAAGUGCGGCAAGUUGUACCGAUCGAAAUCGGCGCUAAACAGGCACGUACGGUACGACUGCGGUCAAGAAAAGCGCUUCGCCUGCGUAGUACCCGCGUGCGGGUACAAGGCUUACCAGAAAGUCCAUCUGACCAGCCACCUGAUGCGUAUCCACAAAGACGUGCUCAGCACAAAGACCGACCUUUUGUAACUAGUCCAAUAAACAUUUUAGGCCUGGACCUUGACUUUUUGACACUUCAUCGACGCGAGUGUAAAGUUGGGUAAAUUACAGGUAAAUUGUUCAACUGCCACAAUUGCGAGCGGCGGUACAAGCUCAAGACAUCCCUUUACAAUCACCUGAAGUACGAGUGCGGCAAGAGCAAGAGUUUCGUGUGUACUUUCUGUCAGAAAACGUUCCGGUACAAGCACAGCCUGAGGGAUCAUAUGAACCACAGGCGGUGCCGGAUCCAAGAUAUCCUUAAAUGAUAACGGAAUCUAACUAGCAUUUACUAAAAUAAACGUUCCAUUCUCGGUGGUCUAACGACUCGGUAUCUUUCCAGCCACGGCAGAGACGUCCACGUCGAGCAAGCGGACCGAGUUAGUCCAUUUUCCAUGGUCCGGCAACCGUCGUUUCAUGUGCCGUUUGGGAGUCUGCAUGUACAAUUACCCCAGGAAGAGACAAGUGGUCAAUCACAUCCGACGUAGUCACGCCAUCGAGCGGCACAACGACGAUAUGAUCCAGGUGUACACUCGGGCUGCGAAUUCCUAAAUUGUCGUUUUUUGAAUAAAUGCUUUUUUAAACUUAAUAAACUCAACAAAGAAUUGAAAGCAUCGUGUGUCGUCGCGGGUUCAUUCAGGCUUCGCUUUAUCUCACUCGAUCGGUACGGCCCACGUAGAUUGACCCCGUGUUGUAUUUUUAGAGCAGAAUAAUUUGGAACCCCAGGAUCUCAGCAGGACCUCAUCCGCGCGGAAGAUAGUCAUAUCGGAGAACCGAUUGCUGACACCGAAAGCGGUACCGAUGGCGGCGGAGCAAAUCGCCCCGCCCGCGCCCGAGCAAAAGCCCCGUUCGUAUGCCCGAAGUGCCUAAAUUCGUUCCUGUAUAAGAUGUCGCUGAAAAGGCACCUGAAGUUCCAGUGCGGCAUCCAGGGCCAGUUCAAAUGCAAGCUCUGCUCUCACACUUGCAACUACAAGAGCAACUUGAAGAGCCACCUCACCAACAAGCACAAGAUACUGCUGCGCAACGGCGAGGUCGACCAGUACCUCGCCUGACGCGCUGUAUUGAGUUGUUAUUAAUAAAUCAUUUCAGCAAAUCUAGCUUUAAUUUUAUUGCUUCGCUGCUUCGCUAGCUGGUUGAUGCGUUUACGCAGUUUGUCUGAGGACAUUCUCACAGCGGACGGUUUUAGGUCACCUCAUCUACCCUUGCCUAAUCUGCGGGAGGGUCUACAAAGCGAAACGGUCGUUGUGGAGGCACCAAAAGUACGAAUGUCAGCAGCUGCCCAGGUUCCAAUGCCCGAUCUGCCCCUACAGGGCAAAACAGAAAUGUACGGUCGUCGCUCAUGUGAUCAGUCGUCACCAGGAUCUCAAACUUAAGAAACACGAGAUGUAUCAGGAAGUCACCAUCCUCGAGGACUGCUAGACUUCGACGCCGCGUUCGUAACUAACCCCGUUAUGUUUGUGCUUCUUGUAGACAAGUCAGCAGUGCGAUCGGUAGCACUUCUGACGUUAAAUGUGUUACUAGAAUUUAGGACGAUUUCACAACGUGUAUAGCCCGCUCGAAAAUGUACUCGCCAAGAAACGACUGAAAGUUCCGCGUGUUUUAUUUACCGCCUGAGGGAGUGUUCGGGAGUUUUGUGCGGUUUGCUAACUCGCCUCACUUGCAGAAUUCUCGUUCGAGUGCCAUCUGUGCAGGAACCGCUACAAGCAUAAAAUGUCUUUGAUCAGGCACCUGAAAUUUCAGUGUCAGAAGAAUCCUCAGUUUCAGUGUCCAUAUUGCGAUCGUCGGGUGACACUAAAAUCCAACUUGACGAAGCACAUCGCCAAGAAACACUGACUCUCUUUUUGUAUGCAUGAGUUCCGAGAUUCGGAGCGAGGAGGAGAUACUGAGAGUGAUUUUGGUUUCAGGUUCGCACUCGUGCAAUGACUGUGGUAAAAUGUAUAGGCACCAGGGGUCAUUGUACAAACAUCAAAAGUACGAGUGCGGAGACAAGACGAAAGGUUUCCACUGUCCCUAUUGCGCUUAUAGGUCGUACAGGAAAGACAACAUGAAGAGCCACAUCUUCAAUCGCCAUAAAAAACUUUAUCUAAAUCAGUCGCCACACCAAAUCGCGACCGUUUCAGGUGACCACUACAUUUGCUUCACGUGCAGCAAGGCAUACAAGGUUAAGAAAUCGUUGUCGAGACACCUGAAAUACGAGUGUAAAAGGGUGCCGUCGUUUUUCUGCUCUCAUUGCGACCACAAGUCGCCGCCCCCACUGAUCCAGAAAAAGCGCAAAGGGGAGUAUAGGUGUCCGAAUUGUCCGAAGACGUACAAGUACAAAACGUCGGUGUACACCCACUUGCGGAAUGACUGCGGUCAGGUGCCGCAGUAUUAUUGCGAACCGUGCAAAUUCGUCUGCAGGUUCGAACACGUACUGCUUAGGCACAAACGCACCCUUACCCACAAGAAGACCGAGCUAUGCGGCAAGCUGUACAUUGAGGUGAAGUCGCUGAUACUCCACCUGAAGGUCUGCGGCUCCGUUAAAUUCCACUGUCCGUAUUGCAACCUGGAGUUCAAGUCGAAGACGUGGUGUUACGACUGCGACAGCUGCGGCAAGAGUUACAAGCAGAUGAGAUCGCUGAAGCGGCACCAGAGGUACGAGUGCGGCCGGCAGCCCGAGUUCCGGUGCCACCUUUGCUCGAAACGGUUCUUCCAAAAGGCCAACCCGAGAAAGUACGUCUGCCCUAGCUGCUGGAGGAGCUACUCCCGUCAAGGCGGUUUGAAACAGCACCAGAAGCAUUUUUGCGGCAAAGACGCGCAUAUAGCCUGCCCGUACCCUCCGUGCCCUUAUAAAUCCAAAGUAAACUUCAGCAUGAACAAACACAUCCUCAGCGUAGAUUGGUAUCGCGUCACCGAGAACGGGAGGUACGGAUGCAACAAGUGCAUCUCGUCCUACAAGAACAUCAAUAACCUGCGCCGCCAUCUUAGGUUCGAGUGCAACCGGGCGCCGGCAUUCGUCUGCGACGUGUGCUUCAAGAGGUUUACCUACAAGUACAUACUGUGCCGGCACAUGGCCACCCACGGGAUUAGCGUCGAGCGGCUUCUUUCAGCCAAUCGCCUCAAGUGCGACAGGUGCCUGAAGACUUACACCAAGUCGAGCUUCUCUUUUCACCGAAAGUACGACUGCGGCGACAAGGUCGCUUACAUACCGUGCGACCAUUGCAAGUACCACACCAAACGCCGGGGCGAUCUGAAGAAGCACUGCAAGAGGAUGCACCCGGCCGAAAGUUUGGCAAAAAAAACGAAAUAAAAUAGUCCACAUCUCGCGACGACCGACCGAUCCUAACCGGUUCUUUUGUAGUGUCGUGGGCGUGUCCCGACUGCCCGAAAAGGUACAAACGGAAACACGCGCUCACGAGUCACCGGCGGUACCGGUGCGGCAAAGCGCCGAUGUUCCGGUGCAGCGAGUGCUCUCGAUGGUUCCACUACAAGUACCACCUGAACCUGCACGUUAAACGAAACCACCAGUAAAUAAACUUGUCGUUUUCGUAUUCUUGACAUUUCAUUCCGCCUGCACAAAUCGACCGACGGGAUUGUGACAAACGGAAGUACCACAUGGAAGCCGUUUCAGGUUACCGGUACAUUUGCAACAAGUGCGGCAAGGCGUACAAGGCGAAGCGGUCGUUGUCGAGACACCUGAAGUACGAGUGCUCGAAAGUGCCGUCCUUUCAGUGUCCCGUCUGUUUCACCAAGUCGUACCAGAAGUGUCACAUCAAGAUGCACAUGUACAUUAAACACCCGGAUCAGUGCAACAUGGACAUAAUCGAUUUGCAGCACUACCUAGGCGACUGAGGACGCUUCACGAUGGUUAUCGUUGCCUGGUCUGCAGCAGAAUCUACCGGCAGUCCUGCUCGCUAAGCAGACACGUAAAGUACGAGUGUCAGAAGGAGCGCUCGUUCCGGUGCCCUUUCUGUCCAUACGCGUCCCACCAGAAGGCACCGCUCAUCAAGCACCAGCAGAAAAAGCA